AUGGGUACAAGGUGAAGGUCGUUCAAUGAGUUUAACCAUACAUCAGGAUGAGUGUCGAGAUUUGUACAGUUGACAGCAAGCCUCGAGUAUGUCUGCAAGCGUGGAUGAAGUAAGUGACAUUGUAAGGGUGUGUUUUUGCAGUAUAACCCUCGGAUGCACCUGCAAGUGACUGGCAGCACCGCCUGGAAUUAAGGAUGGGUACCUUCAUGGAAGUAACGUACAGCUAUGUGUACUCUCUGUGUCAGUACUUCAAGGGAUCCUGGCCACUCAGUCUCAUAUACGGGCAGAACCUUAAGAAGCCCUCAAGGGAAACAACAGGAAAGAUCUACCAAGCCUUGGAUCUUCUGAUACACAGUUCCGACUCAAGGACUUUGAAACAGGUCCAGAGUCUGAUAGAGUCUCUGCCCGAAGAUGAGGAUCUUCUGUGUGUGGUUGAUCCGAUUGAUGGAUUCGAUAUCCUGCAGCAUGCCGUGAUCAAGCGUCUCAAGGGCCUGGUGAUGAUGGUGCUGAGGAAGCAGCACUGUCCCAACCGGUACUCGUGUAGUCCUCCGUUACACAUAGCAGCCUUCCUAGGACACAAAAGUAUCAUAGAAAUACUCCUGCAGUCUGGAGAAGCUCCAGCAGAUGUUGUCGGGAUGUGCUAUCCUGACUCCCACCAGCCAACUGGCAAGCAGAACUUUCUGUUUGGCUUUACCCAAGUUCCCAUUUACAACUGCCAGAGAAACAAACAUAGUGCUAUAGAGUGUGCAAUUAGUCAAAGUCAUAUUGAUUGCUUGGACCUUAUGUUAAAAUUUGCCAAAGGAAAGUCAAAGACUGGUUCAGUUUCCCCUGUAAAUAUGUUGCAUUUUGCUUGCAGAGAAGGAGCAGCUGGUUGCAUUUCUUACUUCUUGAAGCAUUACCCUCAGUGCAUUAAUGAGUACAAUUCUGAUGGGGACACUCCUUUGCUCACAGCUGUUCCUUGGGGCAGAGAGUGUGUGAAGAUACUUGUGGACAGUGGAGCAGACUUGCAUCUGGUGUCAAGAAAGCUUCAUGAAACAGCUUUGCACAGACUGUACAGGAUGAACAUUGAUGGCUUGUUUUCAAUCCAUGAUACAACAAAAUAUCUUCUCACCACUGGAAUUGAACAGGACAUCAAUGCUUUGACAACUCUUGGAGAGACAGCGCUCCACAUGCUAGUCUCCCACAUCUCCUACACUGGAGGGAAUUAUGCGAAGCUUAGUCUAAGGAAAGUGCCAAGAAGCUUUUUGCAGGAGAACUAUCAGCAACAGGUUGUGAAUUCUUUGAAGACCCUGCUCUCCUUUAAUGCUGAUCCUGCAAUGUUAAAUGGGUACGGUCUUCAAGCCCUGAGCAGGAUGCUCCACAUUGCCCUCAAAUCCUGUAACCCUGAUAACCCAUGUGCUUGUGUUCAGACAUCAAUAUUUACCUGCUUAAUCAAGGACUACAGGAACAACUACUGGUCUCUCAGGCAAGCCAUGAAGAUACUGUUCCAGCACAAUGCAAACCCUAACUUUCAGUGUCAGUUGGGUCACAGUCCUCUUGUGCUGCUUCUGAACUGUCUCCUUUGUGACUCUGUUGAGGAACUCAUUGUUCAAGCAGAUGAUGUUGUCGGGGCAUUUGAGGUGCUGCUUGUGAAUGGUGCACAGCUGAACUUUGUUGCCGGGAACCAGGGCACAUGUGCCACGUUGAUAGCCAUGGUUUGUCAGAGGUACUUUAGGCUUGAGGAUAUGGCUGGAGAUGAUACCACACAGAUGGAUGACAAAAUAAACGAACAUGGACCUACAAAAUUUCUGUAUGCCAAACUUGCGGACAGAGUUUUGUGUCUUCUCCUUAAAUAUGGCUUAAAUGCAAAUCACAAGAGUUCAAGGACAUGCCCUUAUCCCAAGGGAGGGAGUGGAAAUGCUCUCAUUGAGUUUGUGAGAUUAACAAUGUUGGCUAAGACAACCAAAGAUUUCUGUGUCAUUCAUAUGUGGCUGAAGACACUUCUCCAAUGGGGGGCCAACCCAGACAUCGAACCGUAUCCCUCCGAACCAAUCAUCUGUCACUCUCAAAGCUCAAUCUUUUUGAAGAAGCAAGGAACCCAGCCUGUGAACCACUACAUUCAUGAAGUGAAGGAGCGAGAGUCCAUGUUCACAGACGGCCGGGCACAGGAACUGCUUCUCCUCUUCUACAACACAAUGGAACAUGCCAUCCUCUACGAGUGUCUCAAUGCGGCCAAGACCCUGGCCAGGUACCACCCAGUAGAUGCCAAUGGGCAGGACUUCUUAAGUCUCCUCAACCAGUUGUCAGAGAAUCCGCGGAGUCUAAAGCAGAUUGCGAGAGUGCAGAUAUACAAAGCAUUGGAUAGACAGUUAGCUGCCAAAGUGGACGAAUUGCCUGUCCCAAGGCUACUGAAGAAUUACCUUUUGGACAUUCAGUAGAUUGAGUUUGCUGGUUUGGCUUCAGGUUGCAGUGCUCUGUGUCAGUAUCCCACAGCUGACACUUGGUUGAUGAUGCUAGUCCGUCAGUUUACACAGAACUCGAAGCCAUCAAAAGUGACAUAACCCCAACAGAUGGCCGAGACUGUAUGAUUGUACACUUGAGUAUUUUGUAUUGAUACUGGUCAUUUAAGAAACAUUUAAAGAUUGGUUAUAGCCAAAGACAAUCUGUGUUUCCUGUCCUUGUCCAACUACAUCAAAUUAUUGUUUACCAGCAGCAUUGUGAUUGUUUUGACCUCAACUUGAUAACCUUGUUGAUAUAACCAGGUUUUCUUAGCACAUCUCCCAACAGAAGUACUUAAGUCAUGUAAGUAGGUAGAUCAGUGUCCAACAUGCAACUCAUGUCACUCUGUCAUGUCUGUCCCAGUCACAAAUGCUGGGUAAGUGUAGAAAUCAGGUCCCCGUUCCACAAAGUGAUCUUGAUAUUACAACUGUCAAGAACCAAUGUUAUGUUAUAGGAGUUCUGAUCGUCCUAGUGCUAAGGUUGGUUUGUGGAUUGGGGUCUGGGGUUCGUUCCACAAAGUGGUCUUAGCGUCACAACCAUCAUAAGCCAAUGUUUUACUGUAGGAGUUCUAAUUGUCUUAGUGCUAAGUUUCCUUGUAGGAUUUGGGUCUGGGGUCUGUGCUACGAAGCACUAUGACUUUUGUAAGCUGAUGUUAAAGUAUAGGAGUUACGAUCAUCUUAGUGGUAUAGAUUGCUUUGUGGAACAGAGCCCUGGGCUUCAUUCUACAAAGGGAUCUUAGCUCCUAUACUUUAACAUAGGCUAAAGACAAUCAUAGCUUAGGCCAGGCUUUUUUUAUUUUUAAGAUUACAGAUUUUUCAGCCCAAAGUCCAGGGUUGGAGGAGGGG